AUGUCGUCAGACAUUGAAUUAAAAAAGAUAAACGAUCUUAGAGUUAUAGAUUUAAAAUUAGAAUUAGAAAAACGUGGUCUUGAAAAAAACGGUGUUAAAGCCGUCCUGCUUGAAAGACUUUUAAAGGCAAUGCAGAAUGAAGGUUUAGAUCCAGAAGUAUACGUUUUCGAAGUAUCAAAUAAAACUAAAAGGUGUUCAAAAUCUGAUGGAGAUAAAAGUUUAGAUGAAUCUCAUGUUUUUGAUGAUAAUUCAGAAAAGGAUGCUAAUGAAGGAGCUGAUAGUAUGAUUGUUACCGAUGAACUCGGAGAAGAAGAUAUUUCUGAAAUAAAUGAAAUUGCUUCUUCUUUACCCGACAAGAGAUGUUCAGAAAUAAAUGAAGAUAAUGAAAAAAGUAUUGGAACUUCAAUUGGAAAUGAUAUUUCUUCAUUAGUUACGAGUACAACGGAAAAUUCUACUCAUAUACAAGUCAAGAAAAUGUCUUAUGAAAAAGGACCCGAUACUUGCGGAUUAGAUAAUGAUGAUUCUAUUAAUUUGGAUAUAGCAGAUGAAGAAAAACUAUUGGCAGAAGAUGAAGAAGAACAAGUCAAAUUUGACCAAAAAGGUAAGGUAAUCUGGAUAAAUUUAAUUAAUAGCAUGUUAGAUUUAAUAUAA